UGUAAGCCUAAACAAGAGGGGGGACUUGGAAUUCGAUUAUUGGAGGAGUAUGAGCUUGUUUUCCGGUUAAAGCAUGCUUGGAACUUGUUUACAGAUCGAGACUCGCUUUGGAUCUCGUGGCUGAAGUCAAAUGUAUUCCAUAGGAAACCAUACUGGUUAAUGGAAGAUUCUCAAAGGCUUUCUAAAGCAGUCCGCAGCCUGAUUCAGGUUAAGGAUUGGCUACUAGAGUGUCUAAGGUGUGAAGUGAGAAAUGGGCAAACGGCGCUAUUCUGGUUUGACUCGUGGAAUGAUAUGGGACCCUUGUUGACGUUCGUAGGAGAUGCUGGGCCUCGUCAACUUCGUCUGCGACUUACUGCAACGGUCGCAGAUGCAGCCAGGAAUGGAGAGUGGAACUUGCCCGCAGCAAGGUCCCCACGAAUUGAAGCUUUACAGAUAGCCCUAACAGCGAUUGCCCCUCCAGAUACAUCACUUGGUGAAGACAGGUUCUUGUGGAUCCAAUCAAAUGGGAACUACGGGCCAGCUUUCUCCACUAAGGUAACUUGGAAUCAUAUACGGACCCCGUCGCCUACUAUAUCUUGGGCUAAGGUUGUCUGGUUUAAAGAGCAUAUCCCUCGAAACUCUUUUAUUUCUUGGUUGGCACUUCUGCGACGGUUGCCUACCAGAGAUAGAUUGAGAAGUUGGGGUAUGAAUGUUCCUGCUCAGUGUGUUCUCUGUAACGGUGGAAUAGAAACACAUCACCACCUCUUCUUUGAAUGCUCCUACUCAUCAAGUAUCUGGUCUCCCUAUGCUAGCCAAGUAUGGGCGAAUCCCCCUCAAGACAUUCAUGCAGCUGCGGCCUGGAUUUUACUCAACCAUGGAUCAUCAUCUCCCCAAGCAAGAUGCAUUAUAAAGCUCAUCCUCCAGUCUUCUGUCUACUUCAUUUGGAAAGAACGGAACCUGAGAAUUUUCACUGGUAAGUCAUCUCCUGCUUCGGUAAUCAUUGCAGGUGUUGACAGACAGAUCAGAGAUCGCCUCCUCUCCAUUCCGCCAUCUCUCCGGAUCCAACCAUCGUUCCUCCAGUUCUUCCUUUCGUUCACGAGGCCUCCUUGA